AUGGCAGCAGUCACUGCUUUCUUCGAGAGAACUGAUCUCCACAAAACGGCGAAGCCGUACUCCUGGGAUGGCCCUGACGGGCAGUCGUUCCCCAAGUCGAAUUUCGUCAUGAAGGACAUGGAACUUAAUCUGACCGACAUACGAACGCUGCCAGAUUUCAAGCCUACUAUUGAGGAGAACGGCUUCUGUUUCCUCGAGAACAAGUCCAAAGAGCUCUCGAAAAUGACUGGAGCGGAUGACUGUAAACCUUACUUGGAAGAGAUGGCUCAAUUUUUGUACGUUUGCACCAUAGCUGCGCAACCAAAGAAGACGCUGAUGAUUUGCAGAAAAUCUCGAUUUGGUACAGAUGAGAUUUUCCCCAUCAAUGCCAAUUUUCGAGAUGCACGUUCGCAAGGAGGCCGCACGGGACACCUUCCUUUCGCCCACUUGGAUAAUACCGUGGCCAGUUCUUGGAGCAGAAUAUCGCUGUUCUUGACCAAGGAAGAACGGCAACGCGUUCUCUCAGGCCAGAGUCGGGCGAGAAUUAUCAAUAUUUGGCGCCCGAUGUUCAAUCAUGCCGAGGACAUUCCCUUCGCCGUGUGCGAUCCAAGGACUAACAUCGAUCUCGCCGAUGUUGUCUCGGUUGACCGCAUCACCCACGAAGCAGCCAAGGAAGUUGCCUACUUUUCCUGGAAUCCUGCCCACAGAUGGUACUGGAUGAGCAACCAGACCCCUGACGAGAUUGUUAUCAUGACACAGUACGACACCCACCCGCCAGGUGGCUUUUUCAACAUUGUACCCCAUGCUGCAUUUCGAAAUGGAGCGGCUCGGCCCGGCUGCCCAACGCGGUACAGUGUUGAGGCAAGAUUCAUUGUACUGGAGCCCGCGCCGUAUCAGAAGGAUGGGCCUGGUCCUAAUGGUCCAUUCCCAGAAGAAAGUCGACUUCAGCCGUGGAAGAAGUGGGUUACACCGCCUAAGCCGAAGGCUGUCCCAGCCCCCAUCGCUGAUGCAAGGCCAAUGUACUUCUAA